UCAGUAACAACGGAAUAAGAAAAUAACCUAUGUACUCGUGAAACGUGAAAUCAAAGUUUCUAUUUACUCUAUAAUAGAUAAUGGGUUUUUCUUGAAUAUUGAAUUAUAUUUUUCUUAUUCAAUUCAAAUUUCAUUGUAUAUGUGACUACAUACAAACUAGAGUAGGAUGUACUAAUUCACUGUAGAUCUACAGCCUACAGAUUGUAUAAAAUGGAUUGGUCUUGCUCGUGUCCAUCUCAGAGAACAUAUUUUAUUUGUUUAUUCCUGGUAGCUGUAGUAAUAGUGUUAAUUUUGCUUUUUAUAAGUUUUGUAGUAAUUUAUGAAGGUAAUUUUAGAGUUGGUCGACUCUCAUAAGUUUGCUUCAUACACGCGUGCUUCAUCCUGAUUCUACAAGCCUCACUCUGUAAGACAGUUUAGAAAAAGAGUUUGGUAUACUUGCACAAUUUUUAAUGCACUUUCUUAUUCAACAAAUGGUAACAGCACCCUCUACAAACCUGCCAGCUGAAAUUCAUCAAUCUUCAAAGUGAGGCAAUACAAGUAGAAAGGAAACAAUCUGAAACAAACUAAUCCGUCAAGAACUAAUCAUCGGAACUAAUCUGUUAAGAACUAAUCAUCGGAACUGAUCUGUUAGUUUAAAGGAACUGAGGAAAGCUAGUUAAAUUAUCUCAAAAUGGCGAAGAAAUGUCAUCCAAUUGUCAUCGACCUAGCUGAUGACAAUUCCAUUUCGACAAUUGUGCUAGAUGAUGUCGAACCAGUGAUAAUUGAUGAUGAUGAUGAUGAUGAUAAUUCAAUAGUAUCUGUUGAUUCUCUGAACACAACCGUGGCUAGUUCUGGAACUGUAAAUAUUAGUGAUUGCACCCUCAACACUAAUGCAGCUAGUCUGAGAAAUGAGCAUGAUGUCACCCUUAAUACAACGGUAGGAAGUCUGAGAAAUUUGAAUGAUGUCACCCCUAACACAACGGUAGGAAGUCCGAGAAAUUUGAAUGAUGUCACCCCUAACACAACGGUAGGAAGUCCGAGAAAUUUGAAUGAUGUCACCCUCAACACAACGGUAGGAAGUCCGAGAAAUUUGAAUGAUUUCACCUCUAACACAACGGUAGGAAGUCCAAAAAAUUUGAACGAUGUCACCCCUAACACAAUGGUAGGAAAACCUAAAAAACCUCCAAAUGAUGAAAAUGCCGUUGUAAUCAUUGAUGAUGGAGACGAGGGAAAUGCGUUCCAAAUUACUAACCAAUUACCAAAACUAAGAGAAACUUAUAUCACUAAAAAAAUUCUUGAAAGUGAGGAUUUUAUCAGGUUUAGUAAUGAAAUUCAGUCAAAACCGUUGAAUUUUGAUGGGAAAUCCGUUGGUAAUAGGUUCUUCAACUACAGAAACCCACAAGAAAAGUCGAAUUUUGGAAAUAAAGAGUUGGAACGGUUCAGUAGCACAAAGACUAAUAUCAGUGAAAAAUCUGGUGACUUUGUCAAGAAAACCCUGCAAGGGAAGCCACAAAUUAGUGGAGUGUCGGUUGAAAAUAAGGAUUCUAGCAGUGAUCAAUCGGAUGCAAGUGGAAAAUCUGAUUCGAUUGGACUUGAUAACAGAAAACACCAACCAGGAACGUCGAAAAUGUGUGAGAAUUCAGUUGAAAAUGAGGAUAUGAACGGUGACCAGCCAGGAAAAUCGAAUAAAUCAGCUGAAAAUGAGGAUAUGAACGGUGACCAGCCAGGAACAUCAAAAAUAACAGUUGUCAUUGAUGAUGAUGAUGAUAUUGUAGAGGUUUUUAAUACUCAACAACCAGGAACGUCGAAAACAUCAGUUAAAAAUGGGAAUCUUGAAGAAGUUUUAGAUGUCUUGGGCAUAGAAGCCAAUAUUUGCAAAAAAAUUCGCAACGGAAAAAUCAAACUUGAAAACGUCGAUGAGUUGCUGAGAAGACUGAAGGCGCAUGAGGCCAAACUCCUUGGGAAUGCUCUGCAGAAUUUGAAUGGGGCCGGAGGAGGAGAAGGAGGGAGUGGUGAUAAAGGAGGAGGAGAGAACGGAGGCGGAGAAGUAGGGAGGAAGAACCGUUUGAGACGUCAAAGAACUGAUGAAUUGUUGAGAAAUAUGGAUCUCGAUGAGUCCAGAUUCUUCUGGAGCUACUUGAAUUGUUUAAAAUUGUCGGCUACCGGUGCAACGAACGUUAGUGAAGGAGAAGAAGGAGGAGGAGGAGGUGGAGGUGGAGAAGUGGAAGAAGGGAAGGAAAAUACUGAUGGAGAAGUAGAAGGUGAGAAGAAUGACGUCAAAGAGGAGGUGGAUAGAAGGGAAGUGGGAGGUAGGAAAAGAAGGUCACCUCAGUAUAAAAGGAGGAAGAGGAGGCAGGCGAAUAAAACUGAUGGUGAAAUAAUGAAGAAGAAGAGUAAAAGUGAGGGAGACAGAUGCGAAAAUGGUGGAAAGACGGAGAACGGCGAAGAGGGUGUGAAGGAGAAUAGUGAAAAUGAUGAGACAACGAACACAGAAAGCAAUGAAAAGGAGAAUGAUAGAAUAGAGGAAGAGGAAGAAGAUGAUGAUGAUGAUGUGAUACUGGUAACUUCGACUGAAUCAGCUUCCACUUCACAACCUUCUUCGUCUCUCUCUUCCAGUUCGUCUCAAACAAGACUGGCGAAUGAAUGUGGAAAUAAAGAGGUUGCUGAUACAGUAAUAAAUAGACCAAUCACUCAUUCAGCUCAUUUACUAGAGCCGAGGUCGGGACAGAAUAUUGGGAAGAAGUCGAAGAAAAAAAAGAAAUCUUUGAAUGCCUCGCCCAACAUGAAAAAAAAGAAAAUGUGCAAAUCCUCUCUAAAUUUGAAAAAGAAAAAGAAAAGUUCUGGCACGAUAUCGUUAGAUAGUGUGCGAAGGGCACUGAAAAAUGUUCAAAAGUCGUCAAAUUGUGCACAAACCAUGUCAAAUCUUGUGCAAACUCCAUUAAAUAAUGCACAAAAUUCGUCAAAUAGUUCACAGAAGCCAGAGAAUUGGGCGCAGAUGGCAUUGAAUAAUGCGCAAAGGUCAAAUAGUUCACAAAGGCCAGAGAAUUGGGCGCAUAUGGCAUUGAAUAAUGCGCAAAGGUCAAAUAGUUCACAAAGGCCAGAGAAUUGGGCGCAGAUGGCAUUGAAUAAUGCGCAAAGGUCAAAUAGUUCACAAAGGCCAGAGAAUUGGGCGCAGAUGGCAUUGAAUAAUGCGCAAAGGUCAAAUAGUUCACAAAGGCCAGAGAAUUGGGCGCAGAUGGCAUUGAAUAAUGCGCAAAGGUCAAAUAGUUCACAAAGGCCAGAGAAUUGGGCGCAGAUGGCAUUGAAUAAUGCGCAAAGGUCAAAUAGUUCACAAAGGCCAGAGAAUUGGGCGCAAAUGGCAUUGAAUAAUGCGCAAAGGUCAAAUAGUUCACAGAAGCCAGAGAAUUGGGCGCAGAUGGCAUUGAAUAAUGCGCAAAGGUCAAAUAGUUCACAGAAGCCAGAGAAUUGGGCGCAGAUUGCAUCAAGGAAUAACAGAUGCUGGUCAAAUUGUACCCAAGUUUCGUCAAACAUUGGUCAAACGUCGACAAACAGUUCACAAAUGUUUUUGAACAACAACAGGCACGGGUCAAACGCUGCCCCAACAUUGUCCAAUGUUCCGAGAACAACAUCAGGUGAUGUGAUUGUAAUUGAAGAUGAUCCACAUGUGUUUAGCCCAUCAUCCAACAACCAGUUUUCCCUCGCUGGAAAAAAUAUCUUCCUUCCAAUUUCGACUCUGCCUAAAACUGGUCCCAGACCUGUUUUCAUAGACGGGUGCAACGUGGCAUUCAGCCACGGUCGCAACAAUCAGUUCUCAGUGAAAGGUAUUGAGAUCUGCGUGGAUUACUUCCGGCGUCUGGGCAACAAGACUUAUGUGGUGCUUCCGAACCACCGCCUGUGCCAUCUGAGUGACGCCCUGGCGAACGCAUGGCAGAGAGACGGCACACUCAUCGUCUCGCCCAGUCGACGCAUCAAUAACAGUAUCAUCACGUCUGAUGACGACAGGUUUGUGAUUCAGUGUGCUGCAGCUAUGGAUGGAAUCAUUGUUACCAAGGACCAAUACAGGGAUCAUUUGGGCAUUAACCGCUUAUGGGACGUAACUAUCGAAAAAAGGCUAUUACUUCUGUCUUGGAUCCAGGACAUGCUAAUCUUCCCCAAUGAUCCCCUGGGACGACACGGCCCGUCACUGAAAGAAUUUUUAUUGUAUUAGACAUCAUUAUUUCGUGUUGAGAUAUUAUCAAUUAUUAUUCAUUUAUCGGUUUCUCGAUUUCCAACAUUAAAACUAUAAAUCCUUCAGAAUCCUAUCCAAAUUCAUAGCUAUUUUAUGAAAUUAUAUCGGGUUUCACUUCCCUAGAAGAUGAAAACCUUAAUAAUCUAUAUAAUAAUAGAUUCAUCUUUAGUGGAAAUCUAUGGUUGUUUUAAGUUCUAUAACCUAGAACUUACUGUAAAGCCCGGUUGCACAGUCCAGUUACAUUUCAAUCGUGCCUUUUUUCGAUAAAAGUCUUCACUGAUGGAUUCUUGUUAAAUUAAUCACGAUUAAAAUUUAACCGGCUUUUGUGCAACCGGCAUUUGGUCAAGUUAUAAGUUACAACAAACUAAAUUCAAGUUGAAAUUUAUCUAUUGUUCACAAAGCCUUUCCGAUUGAAGGCUCUUAUUUGAUAUUUUCUGCUACAUUUGUAAACUAAUAGAAUUUAAACUCUGACUUGGAUUAUGCCGAGUUUUGUUGAGAAUUAAAAAUGUUAUGAAUUAUUUCGUCUUAUCUUGAGCUAAUAACUUGAAUCUAAAGGAAGUUUUCUUUGUUUUAUUUGAAAAUGCGAAUAGAUUUUAUUUCUUUGAAGAAGCUUGAGAAUAUUUUUAUUUAUAAGAAGAAAGAAACAAAUUUAUUUUUCAAUUCAACAAAAAUUAAAUAUGAAUUAAGUUUUUGUUUGUGUGAAACUUUCUAGGGUGAAGGAAACUUUCAUUAGUGUGAAGUUUUCUAGGGUUGUACUUAUUAUCACGUGUUACAGACUGUAAUGUCUUGAAAUUGUGCCUUAAUACAAAGUUUUGAUUGAAAAUAAUACAUAAAAAUUGGAGAAUAUUGAGAUAAACAGUGUAUCAGUAUGAUUGAGGAAUAAUAUUAUUUGGGUAAAAUAAAUGUGAAUAUUUAUGUAGACCUGUAUUAUAUCUAGUGUAAUCGAUAUGUGGCUAACGUUGUAAAUAAGAUUUAGAAUAAUUGAUUUUUACCACGUUACCAUUUUUCAAGUAUUCCUAGUUCAAAAUGUGAAAUGAUCACUGUCUUAUAAUUAUUAAACAUAAUAUUUUCUAUGCUAUUAUUAUUACAAUUGGUUAUGAAAUAUAAUCCAUAAGGAAGAUACAUUUUAUUUUGUGUUUUUGAACUAGAUGAUUUUAAUUUAAGUUUACCAAGUUAUCAAAGUCUCUUAAUUGUGAAGUUAUUAACUUUGUAAAUUUUCUAUUGAUUAAAAUUCGUCUUAUGUUUAACUAUUCCAACAAAUUACUGUUUACUUUUAAGUAUUGCUCCGAUUAAUAAACAUAAUCCGAGAAAUUCAUACUUGAAUAUGAAAUAAGGAAUUAUUUUUCAAAUGAGUUGAAGUUAUGUUUGAUUUUACUAAAGAGAAGGAUCUGAAUUUUGUUUAUUGUAAUAUGCAUAAGAAUAUAAAAUAUAAUUUAUAUCAUCAACAAUCCAUUGUGAUUGUAAUUAUAAUAUUAUAUAAUAUACAGAGGGGUCCAAAAAGUGCAUACACUCUUUGACAAUGAAUAUCUUCAUUGUAAACAUAACAUAAAAUCUUUGUAUUUUUUUUUCUCUUUAGUGCUACUCUUAAAUAUAAAUAAAAAAUAGAAAUCUAAGUACCCUUAAAAUUGUUGUUCAAUCACGACAUGUUUCGGCUAUACCUAUAAUGCCAUUAUCUAGUUAUUAAAAUAACAAUCAAUAUCAAUAACUUGAUAAUGGCAUUAUAUAGCCGAAAAAUGUCGUGAUUGAAAUAUUUUAAAAGGAUAGAAUCUUUAUUUGGCAAAACCAUUACUUCUUAUUUUUGAUUGAUGUUUUAAUUUGUACUCACAAGUAAAUGUGUAGACGAAACUUCAAACCAGAAUACCAAGUAAUAUGUUCUUUAUUUUGUUCUGUUUACUUGCACGGUCAAUUAGUGUAAGUAGCCUAUAUAUUUUUCUGGACCCCUCUGUAUUCGGACUACAUUUCUAUACAAGUAUUCUAAAUAUAUUAUGCUCCCAUACUCCAGACUUUAUUUCUCCUGUAAUUGAUUCAACAUUAUAUCAGGCUUAUGUGUUCAAUACAUUUUAGAUACAGUAUCGUGGUUCGUGGAUAACACUACUAAAAUAUCAACGUAUAAACUGAUAAUGAGCUAUUUUGUGCUAUUACUAUUGAAAAUAUAUAUAAUUUAGUCCUAACUUUCCUUGUCUAUCCGGACAAAUUUGUUUCCAUCAUCACUAAUAAUUAAACAUAAUUUUUUUCAGAUCUCAAUGCUUACUUUUUAUAAAUAUUAAACAGCUAUCUCUUUCUCGUUAAUCAUUCUCAUCAAUAAUUCUUUCUUAUAAAAAUCCUUGAAGUUUCAAUUUGCAAGUUAUAGGCCCGGUUGCACAAAAGCCGGCUAAAUUUUAACCGUGAUUAAUUCCACGAGAACCAAUCAGAGAAGCCGUCUUUUCAAAAAUGCCUUCUCCGAUUGGUUCUCGUGGAAUUGAUCACGGUUAAAAUUUAACCGGCAUUUGCGCAACCGGGUCAUAAUAAUGAUCUUACUGCGGAAAUCUGUAUGCUUUUUUUGGUAAUUCAUCUUUGAUUUUUCAUAAAGAAAUUUAGUCUAAAAAAAGUUUAACUUAAACAUCUUUAAUUCAUAACUACUGUAUUUCAUUUAUUGAUUCAGAUAAUAUUUUUCUUGUUUAUUUGAUUUAUGUUUAGUCAGAUUUUAACAAUCUAACAAGUGACGAAAUAUAAAAAUUUAUAUAACAUAAUGAAGUCAGUAUAAGUUCAUUAAUAAUUAUAUUUAAAUUUAAAUAAUAUUAUAACAGCCAGAAGACUGUUAUGAGCCUUAAAGACUGUUAAGAGCUAUUGUAUGUUCUAUUAAUUUUUUAUGUUUACACUUCACACUAUUAAUGGGUAUUAGGAUAAAUACAAGAUAGCACAAUAUGCUAUCUCUUCUCAAUGGUAUCAGUUUCUUAUUUAGUAAAAAUCAGAUGAAUUUGUGAAUAUAAUACGGUACUGUAUUUGAGUUCACUUCAAAUUGUAAUAAACAUAUUAUUAUUGACUGAGUGUUACAAUUUCAGGUAAGGUACUUUUGUUUAUCAUUGAGAAUAUUAUAUGUAAAAAUCUCAACUAGAAUUUAUCUGUGACCAAAGAGUGUUCAAGAAACUUUUAUAUUUUCCAUGUUGAAUACAAUAAAAAACGGUAUUUCAAA